UCUGAUUGGAGAGUCUGAGCGGCCCGCCGCGCUCUGAUUGGCGGAGCCGACCGUGCUCUGGGCCUGUCAGCCUCUGCGACCCGACUCUCGCGGCCUGGCAGUGCCGCCGAGCUGGGGUUUUGACUCUCAGUCCGAGGGACACGGCCCGACGGGCAGGGCAGUUCGCCUGGUUCCGCCCGUACCCCACUUCCGAGGCCUCGGUCAUGUUCUUCAGGGCCCAGGUGAGGCGAGCUCUGCAGCGGGUGCCCGGGAAGCAGCGAUUCGGCAUCUACAGGUUCCUGCCCUUCUUUUUUGUCCUUGGAGGAGCGAUGGAGUGGAUCAUGAUUAAAGUGCGCGUGGGCCAGGAGACCUUCUAUGACGUCUACCGUAGAAAAGCUUCAGAAAGACAGUAUCAGAGAAGGCUGGAAGAUACAUCAGAGACCGAUCUUCACAAGUUAAUAAAGUAAAUACAAAUUUUCA